AUGACUAUUUCGAAAAACAUGCUCGUUAUUUUUGUUUUCCUCUUCCUCGACGUCGUAACUGUGAGUAUGAUUCUACCAUGGAUGCCUUCUCUUUUAGAAACAUACGAGUCUGAAAAAGAAUGGUUUUAUACUUUGUCCAAAAAAUAUAUCCAAUACCUGGGUUUUGUUUUGGGAUUUCAAGAAGGUUCUACAUGGGACAGAGUAUUCAUUGGCGGCCUUCUGUCGUCAUUAUCAUCUUUGGUGCAAUUUGUAUCGUCGCCUGUAGCCGGAGCUUUAUCAGACUAUUUUGGCAGAAAAUCGGUCUUAGUUGUCCUUCAGGUAUCGCUUAUAAUUGUUAAUGUUCUCUGGUCAGCGUUGGGUAAGUCAUUUCUGUGGCUACUGAUGUAUCGUGUAUUAUGUGGUGCUGCACGAGCAAAUGUCGGUGUUGUAUCAGCACUUGUUGGCGAUAUCAGCAGUGAUACGUUGCGUACUAAAGGAAUGGCGAUUGUUGGCCUGGCUUAUGGUAUCGGAUUCACUGUAGGACCACCAUGCUCAGUUAUUUUACUUAACCAGUGGAAAGUACAUACAUCAACUGAAUACUUGAGCUGUAUGCUGGGUUCUACGUGUUUGCUUCUUAAUUGUAUAAAUCUCUUAAUCUUGAUUUUUGCUCUGCCGAGUACAUUACAAAAGGGCGGAAAUAUCGGUCUAUUAAUCAACCAAGCAGUACGUUUGAUAAAUCCAGUGAAGUUGUUUUCACUAACUGGCACAACGAAAUGUCCUAAAUAUGAAAAAUCUUUGCGUCAUUUGGCAUACUUUUGGUGCGGCUACUUGUGCGUAUACUGCGGAAUAGAAUAUACAAUACUGUUUUUGGCUAGAAUCCGCUUUAAUUUCUCAAGCUCUGAUCAAGGCAGAAUGUUCGGCUUUAUUGGGAUAAUAAUGAUUCUAGUUCAAGCCUGCUUUAUACGUAGCUUCAAACUUGGCGGAGAAGACAAAGCCAUCACAUGGAGUUCUUGCUGUUUGAUUUUGGCGUCUGCCGUUUUCAGUUUCGCCACAAAUAUUUUCGUUUUCUAUAUCGGACUAGCUUUAUAUGCAUUUGCAUCCUCCAUCUUCUUUCCGAGUGUAAACGGUUUGGUUUCUUUGUACACUACUGCAGAACAACAAGGGCAAACGUUGGGCAUAUUCCGUUCACUGAAUGCAUUGGCUCGUGUCAUGGGUGCGGUGAUUGUUACUACAGUUUUUUGGAUUUAUGGACCCAACAUAACCUAUAUGUUAUGUACUGUCUUCUUAACUUUACUGCUUACUUACAGGAAAAUUACUUCAGUAGUAACUAAAUGUCAGUCCAAACAAACGUACAAGGAGGAGUAA